AUGAUGGUUUGUGCAUCAUACAAUGAACUUUGCGUACAUUUCGGUGAAAGCAGGCGCUACAAUAUGUUGAAGUUUCUGGCGCUACUCUUCGUUAUCUUCUGUGUUUCUAUGCAAGUUGGAUUAGCUCAUUCGGAAACCGUAGAAUAUCAAGCAGACGAACUUCCAUUUGACAAAAGAAGGCAAAUAUUCCGCUAUGGCAAAAGAUUUGUCCCGAAAGCAAUGUAUCCAAGCCGAAUGCACGACACGUUUACUUACGGUGACUGGCCGCUUCGCGAUUGGUGAAUAUAUGGACAAU